AUGUAUAGUCGAGGCCAAACUGCUGACUCUGGACCUAGAUUUAGUAAAACUGAGGAAGACGACGGUGACGAUGGCGUGCUUAGCCCGCCGCCUUCCAGCUCAGUCUCUAGUGUUGACCCGGCCAUGCUAGGCGAUGAGAUUGUGGUUGGCACCGGUAAUGGGACUACAACCGCUAAUGGCGACAAAUCAUCACCCUUGCAAGUCACUUCAGAUAAGGAAGAUGUCGAAAUGGCUGAAGCAGGUAGCGAAGCAGCAGCCUCACAUUAUCCUAAGCGCAAACGCGCCUCGAUGUACGACAAUCUUGGUGAAGACAAGCUCGAGGUAGGCUUGGCUGCUGCUACAGAUGAUGCAAAUUCCGCUGCCCGACAGGCGAAACAGCCCCGCGUUGGUGGUCAUCCUGGACAAGUCAUGAAGGGAAUACUUCUGGGUUAUUGGAGAGACUCGCCUGUACCCAACGAAGCUAAGAAGCACGCCGUGAUUGGAUUUCCGGAUGUUCGUGAUAGACUACGGACUCGCAUUCAGCCCUUUACCCGUACUGGGGAGGCUAUCAAUGGACGACUGUUUCCGAUACCCCCUGGCCCUGGCGGAAGCUGGACAACAUUUGACCGUACAGUCUUUGAGGAUCACCUUGUGGGACUGGAUCACAACGAAAUCAAGGAGUACAUAAAGAUCCGACUAAAGGCUGGGGAUUCGGGUGUAGACGAGGUGGAUAAGCACCAAGCCGAGCUCGAUGCCAUUAAGGAGGCGAAGCGGAAUCUCAAGAACAACCCCUAUGCUGAAUCGCCCAUACCACCUGCCAUUGCGUAUGGAAAAAUAGUCCCCGAGAACCAUCAACAUGGUAGCCGGCCUGAAUCUAAGCGUAGACGGACCGGUAGUGCUACAGUGCCUCCAGUUGUGCCGUCGCAAACAAGCUCACCGGCGCUACGGUCCGAUGGGCAGUUACCGCCACCUUCUUCGGUCCUUGCCAUCUCUAGCGCACAAGCUGAUGCCGAGCGCAAGUCUCCAGUUCAGCCGGCACUCCGAUCCCAGACUCCGUUACAGCCUCAGCCGCACCUCCAACCAUCACAAUCCCCAACACCAGCCCAACCUCCUGUUUCUGGCCCAACCCCACCGCAGCAGCAGUCGCAUGGUUUGCCACACCAAAUUUUACAACACCCGCAGCAGUCCUUCUCGGCCCAGCAGACCGCUGCGCCACCCCCAGCGGCGCCAGUACCAAGUCGUCUCGACGACACACAAUACGUGGGAAACCUUCCUGGUCAACGUCCUACAAGGAUCCUUGUGGGUUGUUGGUCUCGCAGUAGUGCCAAAAAGGACCAGGACAAGCACGCCGUGUACGGAAUUCUCGGAGCAAAUGACAUGUUUCGUGUCAAGUUGGUCCGUGAAACCAUGGACGGUCGGUUUGUAGAUGGCAAUUUUCCCACUGGUGCUGGCGCGCUAUGGAUUGGAUACGAAGAGGUGAACUUUCUUCCCCACAUUCGCGAUCUGAACAGAAGUGAAAUGAAGGAGUAUGUGCGUGUCCGGCAAUACCAGAUUGAUAGUGGUGAGUCUGAGGAGGAGCGUGUUGCGAAUGAAACAAAAGCAGUCUACGAAGCUCAGCGACGGGCGGCUCUAAACCCUAAGGCUUCAGCAGGGCCUCCCGUCCAUGCGGGUCGACACAGUCUGAACGCAUUCUCUGAAGAUUCUCAUAUCAAGCAAGACACGAACGCACAGGACCCAAGAGAUCAUCGUCGCGGCAUAUUACAAGACAUCAGAGGUCGUCCAGUAUCGGAGGCCGAUUACCGUCAAACCGGCCGUGCAGCAAGCAUUGAUCCUCUUGAACGCACGAACAGUCUUGCCCGGCGGGAGGUUCAUAAGCUGGAAGCUGCCCAGUUGCGGCAAGAUCGUGUUCUCAGUCAACGCGGUUUGUCGAGUGCCCCGAUCCACACACCUCCGCCUGCCAUAGUGCCGUCCGACAAUCGUGCCAUGUUGCAGGAAAAUAUGGUUCGUCUGAACGGGGUAUGGAAAAACCAAGAAACCGCUAGGCAUCAUGGUCAACAGCAACAGGCCCAGCAGCAGGCCCAGCAGCAACAGGCACAGCAGCAACAGCAGGCCCAGGCUCAGGCCCAGGCCCAAGCACAGGCACAGGCUCAUGCACAGGCUCAAGCACAGGCUCAAGCACAAAUGAUGCAAAUGACACCCCAACAACCACCACAGCUGCCAUCACAGCCAAUGGCGCCCACCCCGAAUAUGGAAGAGGUCAGGGUUCUUGGAAAUGUGACUUACAGUCGGAAACAGACUGGACCGUUUGCAGGCAAGCUUGUCAGCCGCGGAGAAAUCAUCACCAUCGAUGGCGAAGACUACGUGGAAUACCGAGUUCUUACGAAGCCUACAUUCUUCUAG